CUCUCCGGACCGUAAUUCUGACGGACUUGAGGACACAACAUGGCGGCGGCGGCGUUGUUUGGUUUCUCACCAAAAAAAACAAAACCCUUAAGGAUUAAUUGAGGUGAUUAAUUAAGAAUGUGGGUCGCGAGAAGGUUUCUGACUUCCGCCGUCCUCACAGCUCACUACAGGCUGCUGUGUCGUCGUCUGAAUCCCCGGCCCGAGUUCUCGCCCCGCUUCCUGCAAUGCACCUACUGCUGGAGGGCUCGAAUCCCAACCACGGACCUGAACCUCAACGUUCUGCAUCCUGAACCUGCAGAACCUCAGUGCAGACACGCUGAUGAUGAUGCCACCGAUGCCACGCUGGACUCGCUGUACACCCCGGAUCAGCGAGACACCAUCCUGCAGCUCCUCAACACGGGCUCCGAGUCUGAACUCGCCGCCGUCAAAAUGCUCCGGGGACGAAAAUCAGCCAACAUCAUCGAGUACCGGAUCAGGAACGGACCCUUCAGGGAUCUGGAGAGUGUCGUGAACGUGCCGCUGUUGAAGCACAAGAGCGCCGUCGUGGCGUUUAACUCCAUCCUCUGUCCGAGAGAGAAGAAGGAGAAGAGGAAGGGGAAGAUUCAUCUCGCCAAGUUCAUCAGGCCUGAAGUGGACAAGUCACUCUUAGAGGACGCCACCUCCAUCGUGUCCAUCGUGUGCGGGACGAACAGGAUAGCGUGGACGCACAUGGACCGGGCGAUGACGGUGUUGGAGUGGCAGCAGGAGGAUUGUCACAGCUUCAUGAAGGGCACCUACAUGGCGUCCAGUUAUCUGGAUGAUAUUUGCGGCGUGGUGUCGAACCUGCCGGCGGCGGAUUUCUACGUGGUGGAGAAGCCGAGCGUGUCGGUGCAGAACACGGCGCUGUUCCCGGUCGUGGUUCAUCUGCGCACGGUGGAGGCCAUGCUGUUCGCUCUGCUCAGCGCCAGGAGAGACGCCGGGGCGCCGCCCAACGUGCUCAACAUGAUGCGCGCGGCCGUGGGACGCCACUUCGGCCUGAUCGUAGGCGAGAGCCGUACGAGCGGCGCCGAGGUCGUGAGGAAGAUGAUGGCGGAGUCUGCGAUGAAGAAGAUACCGCGCGUGAUCUUCCCAAACGAGAUGCUGGUGCGCUACAGCGGCGCGUUUCACUUCAGCAGCAGGAACAAAGGACAGGAGAUGUGUGACGCCCUGCUGCAGGCCGUCGCCUUCUACGAGCUGCUCACAGCCUCACACUGAGCCACGAGUGUGUGUGUGUGUGUGUGUGUUUUGAGAAACUCUUAAGGAACUUUAAAAGACGUGUCUUCAUGCUGUCUCUCAAAUGGACCUGAGUGAAAGUUUAAAGUUUAACUAACGAUACUGUCCACGUUAAAUAUCGCUAAAAACAAUAAUCAGCACGUAGCUGGAAGGAGGAGUGAAAGUCUUCCACCAAGAUCUUGACUUAUUUUUUCUACAAUAAACAACUUUCUACAUCCGUCAACACGA